GCUUUAGGGACAGGUCCAGAGAGAAAGAGCGAGAGAAGGAUAAGGUUAGUUCUAUGAUAAGGAAGGAAGGAACAUCAGAUCCUUUCCUCCCCAAGUUCACCUUUAGAACCCUUUUCCAGGGGAUUAACGAGUGUGGAGAGAGAGACAAUAUAACAAGAAAAGGAACAUGAAAGAAAUCGUCAUUAAACGCACUUGAAGUUAUCUCUUCCUUCUUGCACCUCUCUCUAAUUUAAUCUUAAACCCACUCCAAGUUCCCCCAAGGGACUUCUCUCUCUAUUUCAAGAGAGACAGAAUCAGAAGAGUCCAUUCCUCCUGAUUCCCACCCAAGUGGGAAUAAAAACAGGAUUCCACUCUUUCUUUCUGUUCCUCCUCUCAUCCCUCCUUCCCCUCCUCCUCUCCGUCAUGACAUUGCUGGCCUCUGAGAGGUCGCUUCUCAUCCGGAACAAAUUCCGCUCAGUCUUGCAGUUGAGGAUUCAGAACCGAAGGCAAAAUGAAAUCGACUCUGGGUUGAAAACUGCCUGUUCCUCUCACAAAGGAGAGAGAGACCAGAGUAAAGCUUUGCGUCUAACUGACGAUGGCGCCACUCAGAAGUCGCCCCUGUGUGGUCUGAACAUUAAAACUGCACAAGACAGGAGUGUAUGUGGGACCGGAAGGCAGAAGAAGGCUCGGCUGGCUAACAACCUUGGAGAGAAGGUCCAGCAUCGGCCCGGACCUCUGGACCUAAUACACAAACACAUACUGCCUCCGGAGAACCGCCCAGUCUCCUUCCCUCUCUCCUCAGAUGUCUUCCAAGAUGACAUCUCUUCCUGCUCUUCCUCCUUGUCUCCCGAGCAACUCGGGGUGCUCCAAUCACCAGCCCUCUCCUCGUCGCUGGGGUUCUUAGACGACCAAUCGCUGAGUGACCUGUCCCCUGGGGUCUUGCCCCUUAACCACAGUCCCGCCCAUGUUCAGUCUAUCUUGGCGUUGCUCCCAGCAACCGAGGGCAUCAGCCAGCCAAUGAGCAUGACCGUGGGCGACUCCAACUCCAUGGCAACGACCGGGAGACCAAAGGGGAUGUAUCUGACCUCCCAUGCCAUGCCCCUGCUGCCAAAGACAGCCCGGUCGCUCACACCUCCCUCCGACUCCUCCUCCCUUACUCCCUCCCUGACUUCCUCUCGCCCCCCCCGCCCGCGGAAACCACGGGAUUCACAGCCCAAGAUGAGGAAACUCAAAUACCAUCAGUACAUUCCCCCCGACCAGAGAGGGACGGCCGGGACUGCCGGGGGAGGGGCCAGUCAGAGGAGCCCCACCCCAGCCCAGCUCUUAGACCCCGCCUACUCCAGCCUCCUGCAGCAACAGCAGGUGUUCCUCCAGCUGCAGAUCCUCCAGAAACAACAACAACAGCAGAACCAGCAGCAACAGGACCAGCAGCAGCUCACCGUCACACCCAGUGGAGAAACCAACCAAAUGGUGAGGUUCUCUGGAGCCAUGCACCAGAACCCUCAGCCUGUAUCCAUGGUAACAAACCACACCUCUGUGGACACAAGUCCCUCCAACAAGUCUGAGCUCCUCCCACCUAACCUGGUCGACCUCACGGUGUCUGAGUUGCGACAGCAGCUGCGUGAGCGAGGUCUUCCUGUCUCCGGCACCAAGCCCGCCCUCCUCCAGAGGCUCCGCCCUUUCCAGCUGCCCCACCUGUGCUUGACCCCUGUGCCCCUCUGCCAGCUGGGUACCAGCCAGGAACCCCUUACCCCCACCUCCUUGCUCACCCCCAGCCACUACCCCAGCUCCAGCCCCAGCUCUGGAACUGACUCCCCCACCAACAGCCCUAACCAUCAGGUCUACAUCCAGUCCACUGGAAUUCUGAGCGGGGUUCCAAACGGAAUUGUUAAUGGCAUUCCGAAUGGUAAUACUAAUGGAAUAGGGGUCAGUGUGGUGGGGGAGCAGUGUGGCUUCCUGGCCCCUGCGUUAACCCCAUCGUCGAUACCCAGCCCCGGUCUCCCCCCAUGCUCCUCUUUGCCACUGUCGACUGCCCCCCCCUGGCGGUCGGAGCAGGAGCAGCAGGAGCUGAGCCUGGAGCUGGGGAUGAGGGAGAGGAUGAGGAGCAGGCCCAGGGAGAGGCUAUCUCCUCCUCUGUCUCUAUCCUGUGGAGGUUCCCUCCAUCCCUUCCUGCAACAGGAUCCAGGAUGGCCCAGAGGGACACCAGAGAGGGAAGGACAGACAGAGAUCCUGUUCACACAGGUGUUCUGCUGCCAGCCGUGGGACGUGAUUGGCCAGGACUUUGAGCUGCCUAUGCAGAUCACAGCCAGUCCUAUUCAAGCCCCACCCAGCGUCCGCAGUCUGGAGGAGGAGUUGCAGGAGGCCAUUAACAGAGUACUGAUGGACCCCAGUCAGUCAAUAGAGGACAUUCUGGAGGAACCUACCACCUGUGAGGACUCCCACUCCCACUCCUCCUCUGUCUCAGACCUCCAAUCCCCUGUCACUAUCCUCCCCGGCCCCUCCUCUCCUCCCCAAACAGACCAGUCCCAGCCUUUCCGUUGUCAUUCAAAGGAUGACAACUUCCUAUCCUCUCCUCUCUGCUCCUCCUUAUUGCUGGAGCUCCCGCCGUCACCUUCGACGAUGGUUCCCCGCCAAGCCGCCCCACCCCCUCUCCCUCCCUCCAUCUGUACUUCUCCCCUGCCUCCCACUGUGACCUCACGGAAGAGGCGGGUUCAGGCAACCUUUGACCCUGCUGAUUGGUUGGGGUCGCUAGCCUCUGGACUCCGCCCUCUCAGUCCUCCAUCUGCCCCAUUCGUUGAGACCGACUUUGGCCUCAAUUCAGAUCUGAACGUCAACCGAGCGUUGGAUCUCAUGGUGGAGCAGUGGUGAAGGUCUUAGGUGUGUUGUAUAUGUAUGUAUGUAUGUAUGUAUGUAUGUAUGUAUGUAUGUGUGUUAGUCGGACUUCAACAUACACCUCCCAAACAAUGGGAACAGAUUUGUGAAUGUCCAUCCAUCAGUCUAUCCAUCCAUCCCCUCUGUCCACUCUGUGAGUGAGUAGUCUGUUUGAGAGAGGUGACUGCAGGUCUGUACCCCACGCAAUGUCGAGAGACAGAUGCUGCUGCAUUGGAAGAGAUGAAAAAAGAUUGAGUUGCAUUGGUGGAACAAUAACUGGCAGAGGGAAUCACACACACACAAACCUUGGGUUGUCCUGUUAAAUAAAAAAUGGCCAAAUACAACAAAUGAGCAAUGCAUAUUUGGAGUCACACACAAUCCAACACAUUGUUCCCCACUGUAAACAAAGAAACCCAGUUGAACAGGGCCCCUACUGUUCCCCCAGCCACAGUCAUUGAGUCUGAGUCAUUCAUGAAGGCCAUUAAAGCCAGACUGGGCAGACAGACAGGGCACACAGCUUGUCCAUGUCUCCAGACCUUUCCCCUAGUGCCAGACACACAGUCGGCAUGUGGAGAGAGAGAGCUGGCAGACACACUUCCCUGUAAGGGUUGUGUGGUAUGUGCACGCCUGGCUGCUUCUGUUUGUGUAGGUGUGUGUGUGUUAAUACAAGUAUAUUGGCAACAAUUCACAUAAAUAUACAAUGUGUGUGUGUGUGUUAUUUAUCUGAAUUGUUGCAAAUAUACUUGUAGCUCCUACUUUGUGUAGACUAAGUGUGCAAUGUCUCUGAGUAUUGAUUUUGUACGGUUGAUCUGUGCGAGAGCGAGAGAGCAAAGCCGCUUCCACAUUUCGUGUCUAUUUUAAUUGUGGUCUCAACACCAGUCUGUUGCUGCAAUAUAUAACACUGUGAGGGGGUCACUAAAACCUAAUGAACCACCAUGUUCAAUUCAAUGCUUGUCUUUUUUUUAUUUAAGAGAAGAAAAAAAACAACUGGUAAACAUCCUAUUAAGCCAAGAGAUAAAUAGCAAUCACUCUGAGAGGCUUCAGAGCCUGCAACACCACCAUAUUACCAGAGUGUAUGUUCUCAUCAGCGCAUGAGAACAGGUGGCCACUGAGGACCUCCCACAGUGUUUGGAGGAAACAGCUUGGUGCUCUACACACUGUAAGGGCCACAGUCACUGUUUACACCUGUUGUUAUGGAGAUAAAAAGGUCAAAUAAAGGUUAUGCGCAGGAUAACAAUGGCAAUUAAUUUCAUUAAACAAUUUCAUGAUUUUAGCUUAAGAUUUUUUCAGUGCCUUAUCCCAUACUGUAAAAACAGGUAGAAUCAAGAAAUAAAUCUGUCCCAAAGAGAGGCUGUUCUGAUUGCAGGAAAUGACACAGGUGUUCCCUGAGACCACAAUCUCUCUCUUGGCCAGUUCCAAAUCAACCUCUAGCCCCUAGGCACUUGAUAGUUCUGGAUAGAUAUAAUCAAUAUGGUAAUAGCUCCACCAUUCCCCUGAUAGGCUAUGUGGAACUUUCCCCAUAUCGCUCACAGCUAUCCAGCCUACUAGAAGUUGUGCCCUGGUACGAGGGGCUAGAGGCUAGGGGUCCGUAUGUGAUUGGCCAUAUUUUAAAUGACCACCAGGGGUGUCCCAUCAGUAAAGAGCUGAGGAGGUGAAUACUGUACUUCUCCCUAACAUGGAUCAUGAUGAAGUUGUCUGUGUUUCCGUGCUAUCAGUGAUUGACAAGGCAGUCCAAGAGCUUAUUCUCAGGGUCAGAACGUUCAGUAUUCCACAUGAUGUUCUACCAGAUCCAAUGGUUCUGAGGUCAUGACAGACUUAAUUCAGCUGUUGUGAUUCCGAUUAGUUGUAUGGCCUGUCAAUUAGUGAAGUAUGUGAGCACUGAUUAUGGCCUGGCCUGAGAGCAACCCACAGCCUCUGUUAGCAGUAUGGCGACGGCUCCACCUAGCCUUUCAAUAGGCUUCGGGGAACUUCUGCCAUAUUUCUUCUGCCUACCUGGUUCAUGUAGAUUAGAAAACCAAAGGGGUGUAGGGGCUAGGGGUUGUUUUUGGACCAGGCCUGUGUUAUGUUCCUUGGGAGAAUACAACACAUAGUGUGCUUUCCUAACCUCCUAGCUGACUCGACACCCUUCUUAAAGACCAUUGUGUGAACAAACUGUGAUCUUACUAAUGUUCCCCAGAGACAUAUUUAUUUAUAUAUAUGGUUCUGAUGUUCCCCACCCAGUCUCUGAAUAAUAACCACUGCGCUAAGUGCAAUAUGGUGUAUGUGAAGGGCACAGCCAUUGGGAAAUACCAGGUCCCCAUAUCUGUCUUGUCGUUACUCUAAACAAAAUGGCGUAAUGGGUCCUCACUCAACAAGAUGUUGAGUUCAUUUUCAACGCUUAGUUCAUUUUACGGUUUUCACUGCAUCAGGGAUAGCAUACACAGAUGUUUCGGCUUCACAGCCUUCUUCAGUGUGUAGGUACAAAUGUAUUUGAAUUCAAAACAGCAUUUGUAGGGAACAACAGGUUAGCAGCAGGUGCUUCUAAGCAGAGUUACCAAUCAUCUGCCAAGCUUUCAUAUUGAAGCAUUUCACGAGCAGCUUUCACCGUAGAACUGUAGAAAACCAUGUUGAAUGGUGACAAUGGGACAGACUGACGACCGUGAUAAUCACGGUGGUCAAACACGUUCUCUGUCUGCUGCACUUAGGAUGACGAGAGAGAGAAACGCGGGAGAGUAACAUGCUACCUCUUGUGAAUGGAGAUGCUUAAGGCCUACUGUACUCUGUCUGGUCCUGGAAAACCACUGUGUAUGCUGGUUUUCAUCUGAAUCAUUCUCUUCCCCUACAUCUGUGCUGAUAUCACCUGACUUAUGUUAGGCGUGUAUCACUUUCAUAAUCAUUGGAGAGGUUGGUGGGUUGGUUGGGAGAACUGUCUAUGCUAGGUUAUUCCAGGAAAAGCAACAGGAGACUAGGUGAAGCUAUGCUGCAAAUGCCUGAUCCUUCCUGUCUGUCUGUGUUGUGAAGGUAUUUCUUUCCCCCUUGAGGCUUUCUGUAGCCAGAAUGAGACAAAGAGGGAUGAGACUGGGACGUUGUCAUAAUCAAGAUCAGGAAGUAUCAGAGCCAACUGUUGCCAUUGUUUCAGUCAGCUCCAUUCAUUGGGAGUUCAAUGUCUUCCAAUGCUGAUAACUUCCUGAAUAAUCUUCAGAUUGAUAACGUCACUGUCUAAUCUUUCUUCAUCUCAUCCUAGUACUGUAGUGUGGGGAUGACCCAAUAGCAAAAAUAAACAGUAUUUAAUUGUAUUUAUUUAAUUAUGUAACUUAUUCAGGCAAAAUGUUAUCAAUACGUGUUCAAAUUGUAUUGUAAAAAACAUGAAGAAAUUAAAAGUCUUAAUAGAUUUCCCAUC